AUGAGCCUGCCUACCAGUCCAGACACACCCGUCCUGCCGCAGCGCCCCGCGGGAAAGGCCUAUUUCCCCUGCGAGUACAAGGACGAGAUUGACCAGAUGCACAAUCUCGCAGACUCCCUGUUCGAGCACUACUCGGACACCAUUAUCGACAAAGGCAUCACCGAUGGCGUCCAGGAGUACUACGUGCCUCGCAAGCCCGAGGAACCUCUGACGCAGCUGCCCUUCAUGGCCGGGCGUGGCCACGUCCCAGACCUCACGCCGCUCGAGGUCUUCACCGGCAUCCGCAUCACCAGCUAUCGCAUGAUGUGGGACGUGCGCAUCCAGGCCGCAGUGACGGUGCGCAUCUUCUCGCAGCACGACUUCACCUUCUACCUCGUCUGGCGCGGCAUCGGCCCCAUCUAUAGCCCGCGCGACGUCGUCGGCAGGCAGGGCUUGCGCGCCUACGACGCCGCGGGCCGCCUCCAGACGACGCCAGACUUUGACACGCAGAGGAUCACGGUCUGCUACACUUCGGUCCCGAGCCUGCCCGGCAUACCGGACCAGGCCGAGGGCUGUGUCCGGGCCAAGAUCCUCGAGGGCGGCUACAUCAUCGAGGCCAACCCGACCCUGGGAGGCUGCGACGUUACCUACUUUGCCAAGGUCGACCUGGCCCUCACCAUCCCCUCGUGGAUCUCGACACACCUCGUCGGCGAGACGCGGCGGUGCGUCGGUCGGCUCCGCGACGCGCUCAAGACGUUUGGCGUACCGCCCAUCCUCAUGGACCGUCAGCAGUGCGUGGCCCUUCAGUUUCUCGAACACCACCCCGAGUCGCGCAGGGUCACGGUGCUCGUCACCAUCAUACAUCCAGGCACCUUCUACCUCUACCUCGACUAUGGCAAGAUGUACACCCAGGGCAUCGUCGCCACCAACAUCGAGGGCGAGGCGGCGGCCUGCAUCCGGCUGCGCGAAGAGGUGGCGACGCGCGAAGACGAGGGCGUCCUGGGCGAGGGCAGGAGGAGGCUGGCUGUCGACGUCUUGCACGAGGGCAUCGGCGGCGACGUCCGAAUCACACUCGACGCGACCGACAAGAAGGAACCCGAGUCCGGGACAGGCCCCGGGUGGUGGUGA